AUGGAAUUGAAACCGAAAUUGUCUAGAAGCCACACCUACAAAUGCCUGCUUGUGGGCGAUAAGGGCACAGGGAAGACGAGCUUCCUGCUUCGCCAUGCCACCGGCAAAUACGAGACGAAGUAUUCACCCACCUGUGGCGUCUCCGUGCACACGCUGCUCUUCGAGACUAACUACCGGGCCGUGGCCUUUCAAAUGUGGGAUACGGCUGGCGAUGCCGAGGUGGGCGGCAUACGCAAUGCCUACUUCUUGUACGGCCAGUGCGCCCUCGUCCUGUUCGAUCUGAGUGCGGCAGCCACUUUUGCCAAUGUGGCCAGUUGGGUGGAGCGUCUGCAGGAGUUCUGUGGCCGCCACAUCCCGAUUGUGGUGUGUGGCUGCAAGGCAGACCUGAAGCGUAUGUCCGAGGAUAUUGACUUUAAGCAGCAGGAGAAUGUGGAUUACUGCGAGUUUUCGACGCGAGCUGCCUGGAAUUUGGAGGCGCCCUUUAAGCUGCUUUGCACAAAAUUGUUUCAGCUGAAGGACGUCAGAUUUCUCUCACAGCCGGUCAUGGGGCCGGCGAAGGACUUGCUACUGGAUGGGGCAAGCUUACAACGCAUGUGGGAAGAAAUGGAGGCGGUGCGUGCAAAGGGGUUGAAGGCCAAAGAAAUAGAGUCACAAAAAUUAGGCGCGUUUGCGUGA